UUGGCCAGGCUCAGGAGCUGCCGCCGCCUGCGGGCCUUGGCCAUGGCUUCCCCGGCCAUCGGGCAGCGUCCCUACCCGCUGCUCCUAGACCCCGAGCCGCCGCGGUAUCUGCAGAAUCUGGGUGGCACCGAGCCGCCACCUCCCGCCCGGCCGCGCCGCUGCAUCCCCACGGCCCUGAUCCCCGCGGCCAGGGAGUCAGAGGUUCGCGGUGGCAGGAGGAGUGGCCGGAGGGACCCCGAGCCCACACCCCGGGACUGCCGACACGCUCGCCCUGUCCGGCCCGGUCUGCAGCCUAGACUGCGGCUGCGACCUGGGUCGCACCGACCCCGCGACGUGAGGAGCAUCUUCGAGCAGCCACAGGAUCCCCGCGUCUUGGCCGAGAGAGGCGAGGGGCACCGUUUCGUGGAACUGGCGCUGCGGGGCGGCCCGGGCUGGUGUGACCUGUGCGGACGAGAGGUGCUGCGGCAGGCGCUGCGCUGCGCUAACUGUAAAUUCACCUGCCACCCGGAGUGCCGCAGCCUGAUCCAGCUGGACUGCAGACAGAAGGGGGGCCCUGCCCUGGAUAGACGCUCUCCAGAAAGCACCCUCACCCCAACCUUGAACCAGAAUGUCUGUAAGGCAGUGGAGGAGAAACAGCACCUGCCCACGAUACAGGAGAUCAAGCAGAAGAUUGACAGCUAUAACAGCAGGGAGAAGCACUGCCUGGGCAUGAAGCUGAGUGAAGAUGGCACCUACACAGGUUUCAUCAAAGUGCAUUUGAAGCUCCGACGGCCAGUGACGGUGCCCGCUGGGAUCCGGCCCCAGUCCAUCUAUGAUGCCAUUAAGGAAGUGAACCCUGCAGCCACCACAGACAAGCGGACGUCCUUCUACCUGCCACUCGAUGCCAUCAAGCAGCUACACAUCAGCAGCACCACCACUGUUAGUGAGGUCAUCCAGGGGCUGCUCAAGAAGUUCAUGGUUGUGGACAACCCACAGAAGUUUGCACUUUUUAAGCGGAUACACAAAGAUGGACAAGUGCUCUUCCAGAAACUCUCCAUUGCUGACUAUCCUCUCUACCUUCGUCUGCUCGCUGGGCCUGACACCGAUGUUCUCAGCUUUGUGCUAAAGGAGAAUGAAACUGGAGAGGUGGAGUGGGAUGCCUUUUCCAUUCCUGAACUCCAGAACUUUUUAACUAUCCUGGAAAAAGAGGAGCAGGACAAGAUCCAUCAACUGCAGAAGAAGUACAACAAAUUCCGUCAGAAACUGGAAGAGGCGUUACGAGAGUCCCAAGGGAAGCCGGGGUAACCAGCCAACUUCCUGUCCUCAGUGCCCUCCGAUUUAUUUUAUUGUUAAUUAUUUUGCAACAAAGAGUUACUGUUAAGACACCUCUGGUGGGUCCACCAGUGCCUGCCCAGCAGUUAACAGGUGUGGCACAAAGUCUCUUCCACACAGUGUCUAUGUGGGGUUUGAUUCCUGCUAACCCACCACACCAUGGCUCUGGAGAGCUUCCGCCUGGGAUGAGAACUCCCAUGGAACGACCAGUGUUUCCCUGCUCAGUCUGCUGGCCUCUCAGAAACCAAAUAGUUGCCUCUCUGGUCACCAAACUCCAAUCAAUCACCAGCCGGCAAAAGGAAAGAAAGGUUUCAGAGCCUGUGUGUUCUUUCUCUGGAUUUAACUCUUCGGUUCCUCUUUUGGUUUGUUUGUCUGGUAUUUUUGGCCACGUAUAGUAUAUUUAAGGGUCAAAUGUGGCAUAUUCAUUCUAGCUAAGUCCUUGAAAGCAGGAAAAUGCUCAUGAAAGGACUGUCCUUGCCCCAAGGUGCCUCUUCUUCUCUAGUACUAGACACUCAGGGUCAGCCUGAGAUUUCGAGAGGCUACAGCCUGACCAGGCCGUCUCUUAUUACCCAGCAGGCUGUGUGCAUGCAAACCCAAAGACAUAUAUGCACAUCUGUGUGGUAUUUCAGCAUGUCUCUGUCCAAUGUUUGAUAUGUUAACAUUUGAAUUUAAUGCUGUCCUCCUUAUGGGUUUCUACCAAAGAGAAACCAGCCACUUAUCAAUUUUAGUUUCCUGCUGAGCUGCCAGAAAGUAUUACAGAGAAGCACAUCCAAGCUGUCUGUGGCCUACGCCUGCAGUGGGGGCCCGAAUCUCCUUGGCCUUCAGUUCCACCUCCACCUCCGGCUUUAGGGUCUCCAGAGUAGCUGCCUGAGUAGUAGCUUUGAUUACAGUGCUAAGGUCCUCCAACGUGGAGGCCUUUCUGGUGGGCAGCAUGGUCUGCUCGCAGCACAGCACUGAGCAGACCUGUGGGCCUGACGUCCCUGGUGACUUCAGUGCCUUUUUGUUUGCAGAGAAACGAGUGGGGCACUUUGCUUGAAGCUCUCUGCUGGCUUGCCCCUGGCAGGAAGUGGACAAUGGUGCUAUAGAGCCAAGGACACAGCCUCAGAGCACAGGGUGAUUGAUGAUCACAGCCUCUUUCCCAUCAAGCUUCCCGGUCAGGCUUUGACUUUGAAGAUGCGAGGUUAUUAGACUGCAUUGACAGCAUCAGAUUAUGACUCCAACUCUUGAGUAGUUCAGACUUAAAACCAAUCAGCCAGAGUAGCCAGGACUGCAAAGACACUCGAUACAGAUGGAGAAAAACUUGUCCCUUUAUUUUAAAAGAGGGCCAGUGUUCCAAUUGAGCCUCCAGAGGAGACCACUUUCAUGUUGUGCUUGCCUUUCCACACCCUUUCCUCGGGUUGUUUUAAGCCCAAGCUUCUCCGUGUAGCCUAAAAAGUUCCCUACCAGCCCAGGCUGAAGCCACACUGCUCCUGUCCCAGAAGAACGCCAAAUCCUUGUCAUUCAAACUGUGCAUUGUUUGCAGAGCUGCAAAAGCAACAUGAGCUAGCGACUCUGAGGUUGUGCACGCCAUCAGCCCCUUGGCUACCUGAGGUCUCAUGCCCAGCCUUACACCUCUCUCCCUUAAGAAGCCCCCGUCCUGCUGUGUAUUACAGGGGCACGUGGAAAGUCAUUCCCUUCAUCCUGCAUGUCUGUAGCGUUAGGAGAAGGCAUGGCUCCUGCUGCAAACACUGUGAAUGCUGCUGAGAACUUCCCUCCAUGGAUGGCUUUUUAUUUUUGACAAGAAAAAAAAAAUUCAUGUAUUAUAUAUAUAUGUAUAUACACAUAGAGGCAUAUAGAUAUAUAUACAGAAAAGGCGUUUAUUCAGAAAAUGAUGGUAAGAGUCAGACUUUAAAGCACAGUUAGACCCAGGACCUGUACUGAGGUUGAGCCUCUGGAAAGCGUGGCGUUCCUAACGUCUCAGAGGAGUCUAACUGCUGGUAGUGCCUUCUAUGGUUGUAUUAUUGCUCUGUGUGUGUUCUUUUCAGGAUAUUUUCUUUCUAAAUGUCCUUCUAUGUUUUUUAAUGAGUAAUAAAAGCUUACUGUAAAAACAA